CCCGCCGCCCGGCCGGCCCGGCCGCCGGAGACAGAUGCCAGCGACGCUUCCUGGGUAACUGUCCCGGCCGCCGCGUGGGCACUGCCUGGCGAGGGAGCCGCCGCGUUAAUGCCUAGCCUCCUUGGCUAACAGAUUAGCCGGUCGCUCGAUGGGGAGCAACGGUGGAGCCCCCUCCUGUGUCAGCGCCCCGCCUCUCCGCAGCCACCGAGACCACGCCCGCGCCUCCUCGGUCAUAAUGAUGAAACUGGUAUUAACUGAAUGGCCACUAUGGAUUUGUAACUCGCACUCACAGUAAUCGCAGCCACAUGCUCAGGAUCCGGCCGGAAGGCACUCUGCGGGCCGCGCGCUGUGCCCGAGGGGCAGUCGCACCGAGAGGAAUAUAAGGGCUACUGGCCGGGGAGCACCGCGAGGCAGAGGCGAGAGGCGGCGUCUUACCCGCUCAGACACGCCAGUGCUGUUCGCAUAGGCGGAGGAAGCAGACGGCGGCUCCGGUGGUGAUGAGAAUGGCCCCGCAGAAUGCCGACUCGGAGUCUCUGCCGGUCCAGGAGCUGCCCGUGGCCCUGCCGGAGCCGCGGAAGCCAGCGGGCACCGGCCCCGAGCCGCGCGACGAGACCGUCAGCGAGGGCUCCAUCGACCGCAUCCCCGUGCGCCUGUGGGUGAUGCACGGCGCCGUGAUGUUCGGCAGGGAGUUCUGCUACGCCAUGGAGACCGCCCUGGUCACGCCCAUCCUGCUGCAGAUCGGCCUGGUCCUCGGGGACGUGCCCGGCCAGCAGCCCAUCGGCAUUGUGCUCACUGUGCUGGGCGUGGUGGUCCUGGACUUCAGCGCCGACGCGACCGAGGGGCCCAUCCGCGCCUACCUGCUGGACGUGGUGGACAGCGAGGACCAGGACAUGGCCCUCAACAUCCACGCCUUCUCUGCCGGCCUCGGCGGGGCCGUCGGCUACGUGCUGGGGGGGCUGGACUGGACGCAGACCUUCCUGGGCUCCUGGUUCCGGACACAGAACCAGGUGCUGUUCUUCUUUGCGGCCGUGCUGUUCACGGCGUCGGUGGCCCUGCACCUGUUCAGCAUUGAGGAGGAGCAGUACUGCCCCCAGCAGGAGCGCGCCGAGGCCCCGCCCGCCCCGCCCGGCCUGCUGGACGGCGGCCUGGUCCCGGACGAGGCGCAGUCGGAGCAGGAGCUGGCGCUGGACUACCUGGGCGAGGAGCUGGUGCGGAGCAAGAGCGACUCGGCGCUGCACGUGCCAGACACGGCGCUGGGCCUGGAGCCCGAGCUGCUGUUCCUGCGCGGCAUCGAGCCCUCCAUCUUCCACGACGCCUCGGGCCCCGGCACGCCCGCCAGCGCCAGCCAGGACCUCAGCCCCGGCCCGCCGCCCCGCCUGCCCUCGCCGCUCGGGGACACCACCAAAGAGGACGCGGUGCUGCUGGCGCACCACGCGCACGAGGCCCAGGUCCCCAACGGCAGCAGCUCGCCCCCGAGGGACGGCCCGCCCGGCUACGGCGCCGUGGGCCCCAAGCCCGCGCCCGGCGCCCUGCGGCGGCGCCGGCACGGCUUCCGCCGCCAGGCCUCCAGCACCUUCUCCUACUACGGCAAGAUCGGCUCCCACCGCUACCGCUACCGGCGCGCCAACGCCGUGGUGCUGAUCAAGCCCUCGCGCAGCAUGAGCGACCUGUACGACCUGCAGAAGCGGCAGCGGCAGCGCAGCCGGCACCGCAACCAGAGCGGGGCCACCACCUCGAGCGGCGACACGGAGAGCGAGGAGGGCGAGGGCGAGACCACGGUGCGGCUGCUCUGGCUGUCCAUGCUCAAGAUGCCGCGCGAGCUGCUGCGGCUCUGCCUCUGCCACCUGCUCACCUGGUUCUCCGUCAUCGCCGAGGCCGUGUUCUACACCGACUUCAUGGGCCAGGUCAUCUUCGACGGCGACCCCAAGAAACCCUCCAACUCCACCGCCUGGCAGAACUACAACGCCGGCGUGCAGAUGGGCUGCUGGGGGCUGGUCAUCUACGCGGCCACCGGGGCCGUCUGCUCGGCUCUGCUCCAGAAGUACCUGGACAACUACGACCUGAGCAUCCGGGCCAUCUACAUGCUGGGCACGCUGGGCUUCUCCGUGGGCACCGCCGUGAUGGCCAUCUUCCACAACGUGUACGUGGCCAUGGUCAUGGUCAGCACCAUGGGCGUCGUGUCCAUGAGCAUCUCCUACUGCCCCUACGCCCUGCUGGGCCAGUACCACGACAGCAAGGAGUACGUGCACCACAGCCCCGGCAGCUCCAAGCGCGGCUUCGGCAUCGACUGCGCCAUCCUCUCCUGCCAGGUCUACAUCUCCCAGAUCCUCGUGGCGUCGGCCCUCGGGGGCCUGGUGGAAGCCGUGGGCACCAGUUUGACACGUGUGCCCGCUCUGCUCCUGGGCCGCGGGCACGUGGCAGCCACACCAAAGCCGGGGGCAGGGCCCCGCUCCGGGGUGGAGCGAGCGGCUGGCAGGGUCACUCCUGGCCCCGCCGGGGGGACGCGGGCGGCGUCGGAGCGGCAGGUGUGCCCGCAGCACGUCCCUGCCCGGUCCGGGCGGUCCCGCCUCUCUCAUUGCACUUUGUCUUUCCUCGUCCGCCGGGCCGCCAGCCUCCCGGCCACGCGCUGGACACUGCUGACCUCUGACCUCGUCGCCUGGGCCCUCGCCUGACGCGGUGUCCCCGGGAGGGAGCGCCUGGCCCGGCCGCGCUGCGCGUCUGCCGGCGCCCGCAGCCUCAGCCGCGCCCGGACGGAGCACCGUAACACUUCGCUGCCUCACGUUUUUAACUAGAGGACUGUACACUGCAUGGGAAUCAUGCUGCAAUAUGAUCAUUCUAGAGCAAAUAUAUAUUUCAAGGUGAAACGAAGCAGUUUUGAAAUAAAUUACUUGAAUUUCUGUGUACGUAAAGGA